AAAAAAAAAUGUAAAAGUAGGUCUAAAACAUGUGGUUUUUUCCACAUAUUUUCCUGCCUUUGGUCAAAGGCUUUACCACACACCUUUCCAAAAUUUAUGGGUCCGUCUUCCGUGACACCUACAAACUCCAGUUCAACGCAGCUUGGCCAUCGGUCCCUACCCUCGACCCAAUCCCUAACUGGAAUCUGGAACCUUACAAACCCUGGAGUGAUCAGUCACAAUGAGAUAUUGGAAAUGUACCGGGACUACGUUAACCCAAACUUUGCAUGGGAGAACUUUACUAUAGAGGAGCAGAACAAGAUUCUCGCUGCCCCAAGGUGCAAUAAUGAAAUGGAUGCCACCAAGUUGAAAAGUGAAUUUCCUCAUCUCCUUUCUGCGAAGGAAUCGCUAGUCAAGUAUGUCUUCGAGCCAAAUAAGAAGAUUAUUGCUGCAUGAUCCUUAGUUUGCUCUUAAGCUGUUUUUUCAAAUCUCUACGUCCAUGUAUACUUUUUAUGAUCAAUGUCUGGAUUGUGUUAUGUCAAAAUAAAGUCCUACUCGAUAUAAGACACGAGGAGGUAGGAUACCUCUGUUAGCCCAUCUAUUGUACAAGUAAUAAAUACUAAUUUCUUAU